AUGCUCGACCUCAACAUCCCGGACUCCGAUGUCACCACGGUGGACAAGUACGGUACCCUUGUGCCUGGCCUCGCAGCCAACAACACUACUCGCCUGCACUGGUGGGGAGGCAAUUUCACGCUCGAGGGUCGGACCUUUGUCAACUCCAGCGCCGCGUUGGCACCCUAUACAGCCCCGCGACCCAGAGAUAGUACCGAACACAGCUAUACAAUGUAUCUAUUCAAGCAGCCAAAAGGCUGUGUCCCGUCCGAAGCUGCGGUUGAGGGUGUCUACUAUGAUCAAACGGCGGAUGCACGGUUCAAUUUCAGCUUGGCUCCUAUUGUGGCGGCGGUCGGAGAGCCGGUGGCUGCAACCUACUCUGUCAGCUCGGCGACUGAGUGA